GGGGUGCGCCCCGCGGGCGGCGGGCGGGGGGCCCGGGCUGGGCGCGGAGCCGGGGCCGCGGCGGGGUCGGGGGCGCAUGGGCCCCUCCUGGCCGCGCACCCCGGGUGGCCUGGGCCGGGUCGCCCCCCAGCCCCCCGCCUGCGCCCUCGUCGCUCGGAGGCGACUUGGCGGCCGCGGGCCGGGCGGGGCCGCCUCGGGGUCCGGGGGGAGCCCCUGUGGGCCGCGGCUGCUCGCCCGGCAGGGGGGCGCGGUCGUCCCGGGCCGGGGGCGGCCCCGGGGGGUGCGCUCCCGCCCGGGCGCGGAGGGGCUGUGGGCCGGAGCCCCGCACCCCCGGAGGGUCGGGGUGCCCGCAGGUGGCGGGUGGGAGGCCGCGCCGACGGUUGUCCCCCCGCCCCCCGGGGCAGGCUUCGUGAGCAGCACGGCGCCCCCACCGCUGGCGCCUCAGGAAGGCCGCGAAAGCGGGCCGCGGGCCCGGGGCGGGGUGGGGCGUGCGGACUCAGGCCGAGGCCUCCCGCGCAGGCCCCCGCGCCCUGAGCUGCGCCGCCCCGCAGGCAUGGCGCACCGCGGCGGGGAGCGGGACUUCCAGACGUCGGCGCGGCGCAUGGGCACGUCGCUGCUGUUCCAGCUGUCGGCGCACGAGCGGGAGCUGGACCUGGUGUUCCUGGACCACAGCUACGCCAAGCCCUGGAGCGCCCACCCGGACGCCAGCAGCGCCCGCCCCACGCGCCUGCUCUUCGUCACUCCCCGGCGGCAGCACGAGAGUGCCAUUGAAUCCGACAUCCCAAUCGAUGUUGAAACGGUCAUGGCAACCCCUGUGCCACUCUAUGACAAUCAGAAGGCACGGAGUGUGAUGAACGAGUGUGAGCGGCACGUCAUCUUCGCCAGGACCGACGCAGACGCCCCCCCUCCGCCCGAGGACUGGGAGGAGCAUGUCAGCCGGACUGGCUGGACCAUGGCCCAGAACAAGCUGUUCAACAAGAUCCUCAAAGCCCUGCAGUCCGACCGCCUCGCCCGCUUGGCCAACGAAGGGGCCUGCAACGAGCCCGUGCUGCGCCGCGUGGCCGUGGACAAGUGUGCGAGGAGGGUGCGGCAGGCCCUGGCGAGUGUGAGCUGGGACACCAAGCUGACCCAGUGGCUGCACACCACUCUGGUGGAGACGUUGAGCCUUCCCAUGCUAGCCGCCUACCUGGAUGCGCUGCAGACGCUGAAAGGGAAGAUCCCCACCCUGAUCGACCGGAUGCUCGUGUCCUCCAACACGAAGACCGGGGCAGCAGGGGCCGAGGCCUUGUCCCUCCUGCUGAAGCGGCCCUGGGACCCCGCAGUGGGAGUGCUGUCUCAUAACAAACCGAGCAAGCUGCCCGGCUCUCCUCUGAUCCUCGUGGCCUCCUCCGGCCCCUCCAGCUCUGCGUUCCCCACCUCACGACGCCACCGCUUCUGGCACUCCCAGCUGGCCUGCCUAGGCAAGGUCAUCCCGGUAGCCACUCACCUGCUGAACUCCGGCAGUGGGGUGGGGGUCCUGCAGUGUCUGGAGCACAUGAUUGGGGCCGUGAGAAGCAAAGUGCUGGAGAUCCACAGCCAUUUCCCACACAAACCCAUUAUCUUGAUUGGCUGGAACACAGGAGCUCUGGUGGCCUGUCACGUGUCGGUGAUGGAGUACGUCACUGCGGUUGUCUGCCUCGGGUUUCCUCUGCUGACCGUGGACGGCCCCAGAGGGGAUGUGGACGACCCCCUCUUGGACAUGAAGGCCCCAGUCCUCCUCGUCGUUGGCCAGAACGCCCUGCAGUGCCACCCCGAGGCCAUGGAGGACUUCCGCGAGAAGAUCCGGGCAGAGAACAGCCUGGUGGUGGUCGGGGGAGCCGAUGACAGUCUCAGAAUAAGCAAAGCAAAGAAGAAAUCAGAAGGGCUGACGCAGAGUAUGGUGGACAGGUGCAUUCAGGAUGAGAUUGUGGACUUCCUGACGGGCGUGCUCAUGCGCGCUGAGGGCCAUGUGGGCUCGGAGCCUCGCGAUCAGGAUGCCGAGAAGAAGAGGAAACCACGCGACACGGCCCGUCGAGACCUGGCCUCGGAAGGCCCCGAGCGGGGCAGCCGUCCUGCCUCCCCUGCCACCAAGCUGCCGGCCUCACCCUCGGGCUCGGAGGACCUCUCGAGUGUGUCCAGCAGCCCCACCUCCAGCCCCAAGACCAAAGGGACCACCACGACCUCUGCCCAGAGGUCCAGCCCGAUGGCGAGCACGCAGCUGCUGAAGAGGCAGGCGCAGCGCACGGAAGCCGCGCUGACCCACAGGCAAGCCCAAGCCCAGUUUGCUGCUUUUCUGAAACAAAACAUGCUGGUGAGGAAAGCUCUCCCUCCCGGCACCUCCUCCUGCCUCUUCGUUCCCAUUUCAUCAGAACAGACGGAGGAAGCAGAGAGAGAGGACCUUCGGCUCCCGCUGAAGCGGCAACCCCCGUCCAGCCCUCUUCCUGGCAGUAAGGCCCCCAAGCGCCCGAAGAUCAAAGUGUCCCUCAUCUCCCAAGGGGACCCAGCUGCAGGGCUGCGCGCUCCUUCCCGAGGAGGUGCUCCGGAAGCUGCGGGAGGGAAGCCCGUCACCGUGACCUUGGGGCAGGCAUCCACCGGAGCCAAGGAGCUUGCAGGGGUUCUUGGCCCGGCCAGGCCCAGUGCUCCCUGUGAAGGCCGCUCAGCCAGCCCAGGCUCCUGUGUGGCCGGUGGCGCCGCUCCCAGCGCCCUGCACACACUCCAGAGCCGCUUGGUGGCCGCCUCCCCGGGCGGUGCCCUCCCAGGGGCCACGUCAGCCAGCAGCCUCCUCCAGGGCCUCAGCUUCAGUUUGCAGGACAUCAGCAGCAAGACCUCUGGCCUCCCAGCCGCUCCCUCCCCGGGGCCGGUGCCACAGGCCAGCAGUGUGAAGCUGCCCGCCCCCACGCCAAGCCUGGGCACCAUCACCACAGGCACUGGCACUGUUGUCCGUGCCAUCCCUGUGGCCACCACGCUCUCCUCCUUGGGCGCCACUUCUGGUGGGAAGCCCACGGCCAUCCACCAGCUGCUGACCAGCGGGGGCCUCGCCAAGCUGGCAAGCAGCCUCCCGGGCCUGGCUCAGGCCUCUAACCAAGCAUCAGGCCUGAAGGUCCCGAGCACCAUCACCCUGACACUGCGGGGCCAGCCAAGCAGAAUGUCCACGCCGAGCCCCCUGGGCACAGGGGCAGCUGCCUUGGAGGAGCCCCCUGCCCAGGCGCUGCCCUCCGGUGUGCAGCUCCCCCGCACCGUGCCCACCCCCCAUCUCGGCAUACCCGCACGGAGGCACCCCCUCAGCUGGUCGAUUUCCACUGGGGCCUCUUCAGGUAUAAUGUCCUCAUUUUAAGUGGCAAUCUGAGGAGCCCCCCAGAGGCUGAAGGUGAGAGGAAACAGCAGUUGAGUCCCGUGUCGGGCUGACCUGUGGGGGUGUCAGCCGAGGCCCUGCCGUGUGGGGGCUGGGGCUGGGCCCUGAGGACCACCGGCAGAUGGCCGCCUCCGAACCGUUCUUGGGUGGAAAAUAACCCGAACUUCCCUGGGACCGCAGCUAGCCCUCCCUUUUUGAGAGGGUGGAGGUGGUUUUAUUCUUUAUUUUGUAGCUUAUUUUUUUCAAUGACAAAAGGGAUUGUACUUAUUUUAAAUAAUCCAAACGUUACAGAAAUAUGUAAUGUAGAAAGUGGAAAUUUCCCCUAAUUUCACUCCUAGAGAUGAGCCCUUGUUAAUAACUUGAUAAACAUUCUUCUGGAUUUUUUUUUUUUCCUAUACAAAGUGCAUUAUUUAUUUUGGACAAAAAUGGGAUCACAGAAUAUGAACUACUUUGUAACUAGCCUUUGCCUACGAAUCCUCUGUGGCACCUUCCUAACCGGUGCAGAGGCCGACCUGUUGCCGAGCAGCCCCUCCCCACAAUUUCACCGUGUCGGGUGCAGUUUCGUUUCAUGUACAUUUUCCUGGUUACUAGCGAGGUUGUGUGUCUUCCUUUAUGAAUUCCUUGUGUUAUUUAAUAUCUGUUUAUUUGAUUUACAGCAGUCAUAGAUUCGGAUGUUAAUCUUUUAUUACACAAGUUAAAUAUAUUUUGUUCCAUCGACCACUAGUCUUUUCUUUCGUU